AUGUCAAGCCAGCCGGGCGAGCCGCCGGGCCGCCUCGUCUCGCAUUUCACGAACAGAGGUCGGGAUGAACAGGGCGAGGGGUGGUCGUCCCUCUGGGACUCUGACGAGAGCAGUCUCUGGGACCGCGGCGGGCCAUCACCGGCUCUCAUAGAGUUAAUUGAGAGCGGCCAGCCGGUCCUGCCCGCUCUCAUCGGGCGGCAUCCCCGGGCGCUGGUCCCGGGCUGCGGGAAAGGGUACGACGUUGCCAUGCUCGCGCUCCAUGGCUACGACGUCUAUGGCCUCGAAAUCUCAGAAACGGGCGCUCAAGUAGCGCGCGAGUACAUCGCCGCCGAGCUUUCCGAGCCAAGCGAGCGCAACUACGGCGACCCAACGCAGUGGCCCAAAAUCGAGGUCGGCAGCGUCAAGAUCAUCACAGGCGACUUCUUCGAGCGCGACUGGGAGGACGAGUGCAGCGGCUCGGCCUUCGACCUCAUUUACGACUACACCUUCCUCUGCGCGCUGCUACCCGAGAUGCGGCAAGAUUGGGCGCGGCGCAUGAUUGAGCUGCUCUCGCCCACCGGCAUCCUCGUCUGCCUCGAGUUCCCGCUGUACAAGGACCUGGCCGCCGUGGGGCCGCCGUGGGGCCUGCGCGGCGUGUACUGGAACCUGCUCGCGCAGGGAGGGGACGGGCGCAUCGCGGAGCCGCCGGAAGAGAGCGAGCGGCCGGCGGGGAAGAUGAGCCGCGUCGUGUACUUGAAGCCUAAGAAGUCGUACGAGAGCGGGAGGGGGUACGACAUGGUGAGUGUGUGGAAGUUGAAGGACUAG